AUGCUCACCCGCGUCUUACUCGCCCUGAACUACCAAGUUUCGCCGAUUUUGGCCCAGGCGGGGCAGCAUGGAUGUGUGCAAAACCGACCACGCUUCUUCCUGUUCGCUGCCCGGCGCGGCUCUGUUUUACCGAAACCCCCACUGCCGAUGCACGUGUUCAAGCCUGCACAGCGGCGCAAGCUCUUCAUCGAGGGCGACUUCAUUGGCGGCGCAAAACGCGGACGGAUGGCGAAUACCGACUCGGAUGAUGAAGACGGCAACAAUUUUGCACCACAUCCCGGGUUCACGAUCAAAGACGCGACAAGUGACCUCCCCAAAUUCGAUUGGAUCAACCCUCACGAAGUCAUUGCCCAGACUCCGGCGGAUAAGAAGACAGUCCAAACAAGACUCGCGUCUGGCAUCAAGCAAUGCGAUGCAUCUACCACGCCCGUUGGAUAUGCCGAGCCUGUGCCGUAUCUUACAGAGCCCCAAACCCGCUAUCAACGCGAAAUGCGGCGCAGCAACUCAUCCUUGGUAGAGGACCACGUGACACUUCGGUACUCGUCGUUCGUUGUGGAGGCGACGGUAACGGUACCGUUGAAGCCCAAAGCAGGACAUCCUGAUCUUCCACGGGCUUUUCACAAACGGCUGAAUCCGAACAAGACGCGGAAGUUUGGGCAAUUGGACGAGAAUGGGCCGUUCAAGACUGCGAUGACUCAAGUAUCGCCGAGUAGUCAUGGGAGCCAGCUUCUUCAUCCAACGCAAAAACGGACGAUCACCGUCUUGGAGGCUAAGCGCGCUCAAGGCUUUCCGGAUUCCUUCAAGCUGUGGUCUGACGCGAGCAAUGCUGGAGGUGUCAUCCGUCAGUACUACAAGCAUAUCGGCAACGCUGUUCCUGUGCCUCUUGCUGCUGCAGUUAGCCGCAGUUUCGAGCAGGCAUUGCUGCAAUCCGAGUCUAGCCGCCGCGAGGACAGUCCUGAAGCGGAACUCCCUGUGAGUGAUGACUAA